AUGGUCACCAAACUCAACGCAAUCCCCACCCUCGCCUCGCUCUACACCUCCACACUGUCCUCGCCCGCCCCUUCCACCCUCUCCGCCUCCAUCUACCCCUUCGCCUCGCUCCUCUCCCUGCACUGCGGCGACAUCACCACCCUCUCCGUCGAUGCCAUCGUCAACGCCGCCAACAACUCUCUCCUCGGUGGCGGUGGAGUGGACGGAGCCAUCCAUCGAGCUGCCGGUCCAUCGCUGCUCUCCGAAUGUCGCACCCUCAACGGCUGCGAAACCGGCUCGGCCAAAACCACCUCCGCCUACAACCUCCCUUCCAAGCACAUCAUCCACACCGUAGGUCCCGUCUACAAAUCCUCCUCGCACGAUGAAUCCGAACGUCUUCUCCGUUCCGCCUACCGUUCCAGUCUCGACGAACUCAACCGCAUCGGCGGUAAAACCAUCGCGUUUCCUAGCAUCUCCACCGGCGUCUACGGCUACCCUUUCGAAAAAGCCGCCACAGCCGCUCUCGACGAAAUCGGUUCUUGGCUCGAAUCCAACAACAACCACAAAAACAUCGAAAGAAUCAUCCUCUGCUGCUUCUCCCAAAAAGACUACGACAAAUACCUCCAUCUAGCUCCCACCCUCUUCCCACCACAAGACGUCUUCAACCAGUACGCAGUAUCAUAG